AUGGAACCACGUGGUGAAACAGUAAACGCUGACCGUUACUGUGAAACACUGCAGAAAUUGCGACGUGCCAUUCAAAACAAGAGGCGUGGAAUGCUUACUGCAGGUGUUGUGCUUCUCCAUGACAAUGCUCGUCCACAUAUGACUCGACGCACAACAGCUGUUUUGACGAAAUUUGGCUCGGAGUUGUUUGAUCAUCCACCCUACAGCCCUGAUCUCGAUCCCAGCGAUUUUCAUGUUUUCUUACACCUCAAGAAGUUCUUGUCCUCCGGUGAGCGUUUUGGCAACGACGAAGAGCUGAAGACGUCUGUCAGUCUGUCACACGCUGGUUCCAUUUACAGUCGGCAGAGUUCUACGACAGAGGGAUACAAAAGAUGUUUUUAUUACUUUAAUUCGACCAUCAAUCCUCUGCUCUACAGUGUUAUGUCCAAUCGUUUUCGAGUUGCUUUUCGAGAAAAAAUAUGCGCAGGAAAUCCUUGCACUUGCUUCUGGUGUUGCUUUUGCUGCUGUUGGAAAUGGUUGCAAUCAAGGAGCCUCCAACCAUCUAGUUCUGCUUCAUCUUCCAAUCGCAUACCUCACGCCAAUGCAGCUGUUCCUACUCCAGAACCCCUUCUCCAAACUCGCUUGAACACCAACACACGAGACAAAGUUGCCCCUGAUGUUAAAAAUCUCUCAAAAUACAUGGGAUUAUCCUAUUCGGAUGAAGCCAAUCACAACAAUGGGGAAAUGUCCCGUCGCAGAUUCAGCUCCGAUCCAAACUUUUCAAUGCGUUUGCAAUUUAAUCAGUACAAAGAUUUAUCUGAUGGAAGUGUGUACCAUUUAGCCAAAGAGAAACUGAGUCCAGAAUUUGGAAACUGUGAUGGAGAAUGCGUGAGUUGCACAAGUUGCAAUAGCGUUUUUUCCACCAAACACAAAGUGAUGCGCUAUACCCCGCUUCCAGUUUGGAAUGAAAGCACAUUUGUUGGUCAAUCUAAAAAGAUAUAUUUCCAAGAAGAGUCACGCGUAUAAAUUCAACUGUUAAAGUUAAUUUACAAGUUUUAUUAAGCAGUGCUCUAAGUGUUGUACUUAAAUGUGUUUUUUUUCAAGUGAAAAUAGUGUUCUAACAGUGUGUCGUGCGUUACGUGUUAUUACUGGUGCUCCAAUGAAUGAAAAUAUUAUAUUCUGAGUGGUGUGAAAAUAUGUUCUAAGUGCU